AUGCCAGGUCGAGUUGCAUUGUCCUUCUUGACAGCUUUGGAAUCAGGGAUAUUGCUGGUUAUCAAGUUCUGUACAAUUACUACUCUAUCCGCCAGAAGCUCCCUCGCAAAGCUACUACAUCUCUCGUCUCCGAACUUCCAUCCACAAUGCAGCUUUCACUUCACAUUCUCCCUCCUGACCCUGGGUCUUGCCCUUGUGCAAAUCUCCUCUGCUGCCCCUGCCCCCGCCGGUGCUCUGAGCAAGCGAACCGUUGAGAACCUUCCCCCGGGUGAUCAGUUCAUAGAGUGCCCGGGCUACCGCUACAGCCGUGCCCAAGUAGAAAAUGCUAUCCAGCGGCUUCUCUCACACCUUCGGCAGCAACCGCAAGUUUUCGCCCUAGAAUGCCAGGGCAAGAAGCUAUACGAAUUCCCCAUCCCGCACGAAGAUAGUGUCUACGGUGGUGGCGGCCCCGGCGCCGACCGGGCCGUGUUUUUCAUCUAG